AUGUCUUGUUAUCUGCCGCCUGUGUGCAGAAGGAGCUUAUCCAACACUUAUCCAACCCAGUUUCGGAGAUUGUCGGCGUCACCACAUUCCUUCUUAACUCCGCAUCGCCCGCAUCGCCUCCGAUCACCUUCCAUUCAAUUCUCUACUUGGCUCGCCCCAAGGUCCUCCCACCCAUACUUGUCUCUCACCCAUUCCCGACCCCGAGCGCACUCGAAGCUUUCAGACAAGAUGGAUGGUCAACUUGACCUGAGUGCCAAGCGCAAGCGCAGCACCGCUGCUCAAGCCGCGGAGCGUCCCAGCAAACAACUCAGGCCCGAGGGUGCUAUUCUGACCCCCGGUGAUGGAACCCCCGCCAACGGAACGGUCUACAAUAUCGAAGAGGAGGUGGAUGAUGCGCCGGAACCGGCCGUUGUUCCCGCUCAGGCCGACUCGCCUGAAUGGCAGGCUACCAUUGAGAAGGUUGUGAAGAGCGCGGUUUCCAUCCACUUCUGUCAGACCUGCUCAUUUGAUACCGAGCUUUCAAUGUCGAGCCAAGCAACUGGAUUUGUGGUGGAUGCUGAGCGCGGCUACAUCUUGACAAAUCGUCACGUUGUAGGCGCCGGUCCUUUCUGGGGUUACUGUAUUUUUGAUAAUCAUGAAGAGUGCGAUGUCAAGCCCGUGUAUCGAGACCCUGUUCACGAUUUCGGCAUCCUACAGUUCGACCCCACAAAGAUUCGCUACAUGGACCUCACAGAGCUCAAGCUUCAGCCAGAUGGGGCACGAGUUGGCACGGAGAUUCGUGUGGUGGGUAACGAUGCCGGUGAGAAGCUCAGUAUUCUGUCGGGUGUGAUCAGUCGACUGGAUCGCAAUGCGCCUGAGUAUGGUGAGGGCUAUUGUGAUUUCAACACCAACUACAUUCAAGCCGCCGCUGCCGCCAGUGGUGGUAGUUCAGGAAGUCCUGUGGUCAACCUUGCGGGCCAUGCGGUUGCUUUGCAAGCCGGUGGCCGAGCUGACGGUGCUGCAACUGAUUACUUCUUACCGCUGGACCGCCCACUCCGUGCGCUGGAGUGCAUCCGCCAAGGGAAACCUGUCACCCGCGGUACCAUUCAAACACAAUGGGUGUUGCGACCUUUCGACGAAUGCCGUCGUCUGGGCCUGACACCCGAGUGGGAGGCUGCUGUGCGUGCGGCUGCGCCCAGUGAGACAAACAUGCUUGCGGCAGAGAUCAUCCUCCCCGAGGGUCCUGGUGAUAAUAAACUCUUGGAGGGCGAUGUGCUUCUGAAAGUGAAUGGAGAGCUUCUUACACAAUUCGUUCGCCUUGACGACAUCCUGGAUUCCAGCGUGGGCAAGUCCGUCAAGCUGCUCGUGCAGAGAGGCGGGCAGGAUGUUGAGGUCGAGUGUGAUGUGGGAGAUCUUCACGCGAUCACUCCCGAUCGAUUUGUGACCGUUGCUGGUGGCACAUUCCACGACCUUUCCUACCAACAAUCACGCCUUUAUGCCAUUGCCACUCGAGGAGUCUACGUCUGUGAAUCGGCGGGCUCCUUCAAGCUGGAGAACACAGUGGCUGGGUGGAUCAUUGAUUCCAUCGACAAGCGACCAAUCCAUAAUCUCAACGAAUUCGUAGAGGUCAUGAAGAACAUUCCUGAUCGUACCCGCGUGGUCAUCUCAUACCGCCACAUUCGUGACCUUCACACGAAAGGCACUAGUAUCAUCUAUGUCGACCGCCACUGGCACCCCAAGAUGCGCUUGGCAGUCCGUAACGACGAGUCUGGAAUCUGGGAUUUCUCCGAUCUCGCCGACCCCAUCCCUGCCAAACCCCCGGUUCCAAUGGAAGCCAACUUCAUCCAGCUAGACGGUAUCAGCCAGCCUGCUGCCGCUGAGAUCGUCCGUAGCUUUGUUCGUGUGUCUUGCACCAUGCCCUUGAAGCUGGACGGAUACCCACAGGCUAAGAAGACUGGAUUCGGUCUUGUCAUCGAUGCCGAGAAGGGUCUGGUUGUGGUCUCAAGAGCCAUUGUACCCUACGAUCUCUGCGAUAUCAACAUCACCGUUGCUGACUCCAUCAUCGUCAGUGCGAAGGUGGUGUUCUUGCACCCGCUCCAGAACUACAGCAUCAUCCAAUAUGACCCCAGUCUUGUGAAGGCCCCGGUCAAGAGCGCACAGCUCAGCACUAACUACAUUAAGCAAGGCCAGGAUACCAUCUUCGUUGGCUUCAACCAGAACUAUCGAAUCGUCGUGGCAAAGACUACCGUCACUGACAUCACAACAGUAUCCAUCCCGGCCAAUGCGGCUGCUCCUCGUUACCGUGCAAUCAACUUGGAUGCUGUCACUGUUGAUACCGGCCUCAGUGCCCAGUGCUCCAACGGUGUGCUGAUCGGCGAAGAUGGCGUGGUGCAGGCCUUAUGGCUGAACUACCUUGGCGAGCGCUCCGCCAGUUCUCACAAAGACAUUGAAUACCACCUAGGCCUGGCCACUCCCUACAUCCUCCCCGUCACAUCUAAGAUCCAGCAAGGUGUGACUCCUCAAUUGCGCAUCUUGAACAUGGAGAGCUACGUGGUGCAGAUGAGCCAGGCUCGCAUAAUGGGCGUCUCGCAGGAAUGGAUCAACAAGGUCACCGAGGCCAACCCCUCGCGUCACCAGCUGUUCAUGGUGCGAAAGGUUGACAGCCCACCUGCAGCUGUCACCGUGGACCCUAGCACCAGUUUCCAGGAGGCCGACAUCAUUCUCACCCUGGACGGCCAGCUCAUCACCCGUGUCUCCGAGCUGGAUGUCAUGUACGAGAAGGAAUUCCUGGAUGCUCUGGUUGUGCGUAACGGCGAGGAAGUCAACAUCCGUGUCCCCACCGUGCCAACCAAGGACCUCGAGACGGACCGUGCCCUUGUCUUCUGUGGUGCUGUCUUGCAGAAGCCGCACCAUGCUGUCCGCCAGCAGAUCUCCAAGGUCCACAGUGAGAUCUACGUGAGCGCAAGGAGUCGUGGAUCACCCGCCUACCAUUACGGCCUUGCGCCCACCAACUUCCUCACAGCCGUCAACGGCGUCUCAACGCCUGACUUGGACAGCUUCGUUCGCGAAGUUACCAAGAUCCCCGAUAACGAGUACUUCCGCAUCCGUGCUGUGACCUUUGACAAUGUCCCAUGGGUAGUCACCAUGAAGAAGAAUGACCACUACUUCCCCAUGUCUGAGUAUGUUAAGGAUCCCACUGCUUCGGCUGGGUGGCGCACGAUCUCUCAUGAAACCCAGAUUGGCGUUGCUCCCGAUGCUGCCAAUCUGAACCCCGAUGCCAUGGAUGAGGGAGUUGAAGGGGGAAGUGAUAUCGAGCCUGACAUGGAGUAG